AUGACAAUAUCUAUUCUUGCACGCAUUGUCUCGCGGUCAAACCUGCGCAACCUGUUUGACACGUGUGCGAAGAUGGGGAGCAGGACUGGAAUGCGGCCGAAACUUGAGAUCGAAGCGAACGCAGACAGUGCGAUCUCUUCUCAGAGAGCAACACGAGCAAGGAAGAAGUCCCUGGAGCAGGAGAACGUCGCUGGCUCUCUCCUCCUCGACCACGAGUCGUCGUCGCCGGAGGUUUCCGACGGUUCGGGAAGAACGAAGAAGGCGAAGGCGAACGAUCCGGCAGCAGACAUGAAGGCUGAACAACAAGUGAGGAAGGACAGCAACAAGCCGAAGCUGGAGCACCUGAUCAUCCCUGAAGACUCUCUGACUACUGUCGAGGUCAUGACGCCGCACAACGUCGGAGCGACUAAGGGGCCGGCGGUGUUCAUGGCAAUGGUGGAUGAGUCCUCGCCCUCCCGGCUGCAGUCAGUUGAGUCGAUCCUCGCUGACUUCAAGACGGAGGAGGAGAGGAGGAGGGCGGUGAACGAGGCGGAGGAGCACGGGUACACGGCCCUGAUGCGCUGCUCCUUCGUGGAGGAGGAGCGAGUUUGCGGUAUGCUGCUGGAGGCGAAGGCCGAUGUCCUCCAAAGGGACCUGCGGGGCAACAACAGCCUGCAUUGGGCAGCGUUCACGGGCAACGAGGGCGUGAUGGGCCUGCUGCUGGGUCAGAGGAAGGGAGGAGGAGGAGUGGACGACGCGAACGCUGCCGGGGAGACUCCGAUGCACAUCGCCUCCUGCAAGGGGCACGAGAAAGUUUGCGUCCUCCUCCUUCAGCACGGGGCUGAUCCAAGGAGGAGGAACCUGAGGUUUCAGACGCCACUGGACGUUGCUGCGGUGGACAACGCGUCCUCCUCCUCCUCCUCCUCCUCCUCUUCGUCCACGAGCAUGGCGAAGGGGGGGAAACUCGCGAUGAGAGUGAGCUGUGCGGCGAGGAAGAGGGUGCGAAAGGCGAUCCUGAGCUACGACAAGGACCAUGGAGGAGGGGGAUGCCGAGUGCUCGUCGUGCAUCACGACGACUGUCUCGAGCACCACACCAAGGUCGGUCAUCAGGAGGCGCCGGAUCGGGUGCGGGCGAUCCUGGCGAAGCUGAGGUCGACGAGGGGAGCGGACAAGUUCGAGGACUACGAGCUGAGCAUCGACUGCUCCUUCGAGCCUGCAAGGGAGGAAAGCGUGCUGAGGGUCCACUCACGAGCCUACGUGAGUUUCGUCAGGGAGCUGUCGGAGCAGGUCGCGUCCUCGGAGGGCCCGGUGCCCUUCACUCCGAGAGUCCAGACGGCACUGGCGAGCAGCGGAACGAGAGGAGGGUGGGAGACUGCGGACGGGGAGGGAGACACUUUCUUCUCCAAGGGGAGCUACCGGGCUGCGCUGCGGGCAGCGGGAGGGGUGUGCCAUGCUAUCGACCAGGUGGUGCGGGGGAAGGCGAGGGCAGCGUUCUGCUGCGUCCGGCCGCCCGGGCAUCAUGCGGGGAAGGACGGGCUGAUCAAGGACUGUAUCUCGUGCGGGUUUUGCAUCUUCAACAACGUGGUGGUGGGAGCGGUACAUGCGAUCGAGACGUACGGGGAGAAGGCGAGGAGGGAGAGGAGGCUCAGGAAGAGGAGUGACACAACGAAAGAAGUGAAGGAGGAGGAAGGGAAGGAGAAGGGAGGUGAGGAAGUGAAGGAUGAGGUGGAGGAGGGACAGGAGGUGAAAGAGGAGGUUGAUGAUGGGGAGGUGAAGGUGAAGGUUGAGCAGAGCGAUGGGAAAGAGGAGGAGGAUCAGACAGGAAAACAGACUAAGAAAGAUCAAGUUGGAGGAGCAAACAAGGAGGGUCGGGAGCAGGAGGACGACGAGGACGAGGACGAGGACGAGGACGAGGAGCGUGUGGUGAUCCGCAAGGUGGCGAUCGUCGACCUCGAUGUGCAUCACGGGAACGGGACGGAGGAGCUGGUAAGGCUGAGGUCGCGGCAGCAUCCCGACGAGAUGUUCUUCUUCUCCAUUCAUCUCUUCCAGCCGCAGCACACGGGGAUCCCGGAGGCGUACGAGUUCUACCCGGGGACAGGAGGAGGAGACAUCGUCCAAGACAACGUCGUCAACGUGCCCAUCUACCCUUGCUGGUGUGUUGAGGGCAACGGGCCGUCCAAGAGGACGAGGGUGGCGAGCAAGAGGGAACCGGGGGAAGGAGGAGGAGCUUGCAGCGUGCUGCCAGGGUGGGCGGGGCAGGAGAUGUUCAAGCGUUGCCAUGGGAGGAACUACUUCCGUUCGCAGAUCCAGCACAAGCUUCUCCCUACCUUGAGAGCUUUCUCGCCGGACCUGAUCAUCCUCUCCAUGGGAUUUGAUGGAGCAGAAGGAGACGUGGGGAACGCGAACCUUUGGCUGGACAACAUGCCGGGAGGACUCGACCUGACAUGCGAGGUAGGAAGAGAGGAGCGAGAGGAUUGA